AUGAAAAAAAACAUUUUUCUCUUAAUAUUGAUCCUCUCUGUAUAUUCCUCCGACUCAUCGAAAGCUUUCGAAGCCGCUACCAAAUUGAACAAUGCCUAUACAUCGCUCAAAACUCGCGAAGAAUACAAAAAACUGGUGCACAGUCGGUUGAUGGCGGUUGAGACGAUCAAAGCGCAUAAUAUGUCGGAUCUACAGAUUUUGUUGUUUUCGAAACGUACACCGGGUUUUCGAGCAACUAAUGUGACAAGUGCGGUUUUUAGCGAUGCAAAAAUGACAUUGACUUAUCGGGUUAGAAAUGGAGAUGUGGAAAUUAUUGCGAAAAAGAUUGAUGGACAAUGGAUGUUUGUGUCGGAGAAGAAUUUUUUGUGA